AUGGCUGAUCUAAAAGCUUCUCGGCCAGUCGAUGCUAUUGCAGUAAUCAACUCUUCCUUGACGUUGCCCAAUGGGGUAGGAGUUCAGAACAGGCUUGUCAAAGCAGCAAUGGCAGAAGGCAUUGGCCUAGGAGGGGGUCCACCAAGGAAAGAACACAUCAACUUGUACAAGCGAUGGGGAGAAGGUGGAUGGGGUAUCGUCAUAUCUGGAAAUGUCCAGAUUGAUUGCCGUCAUCUCGCAUCACCGCAUGACCUCACCUUGUCUCCUCAUCCUGAUACGUUAUCAGCCUACAUCAAACUUGCUUCUGCUGUCCACAACGCUUCUUCUUCCCCUCCCUUGUUACUGAUGCAAAUCUCGCAUCCUGGAUUACAAUCAUCAUCCACGAUCAACCUUUCUCGAUUUCCCUGGGAAGCGGCUGUUGGACCUUGCUCAGCUCGACCUAGCGUUUCUGAGGGGUUGAUGGGCUGGAUAUGGGAACAUGCAGUUUGGCCUACCAAAUCUCGUCAAAUUGAAAACGUCAAAGAAUGGGUAGAGAUAGGCAACAAAUUUGUGGAAGGCGCUGUAUUUGCUGAAAAAGCUGGAUGGGAUGGUGUACAAAUUCAUUCUGCUCAUGGCUACUUACUUGCUGAAUACUUAUCACCCCUUACCAACCCUAAGCCCAAACCACUGCCUGAUGUACCCCGUGAUGUGCCGAUACGCCUUCAUUUACUCUAUCUCAUACUGAAAGGUAUUCAGGAUAAUACCGAGAAGAGAUUUAUCAAAGCAGUCAAAAUCAAUUGCUCUGAUUUCGUUGAGGGAGGUCUCGAUGAAUCACAAGCUGCCGACAUCGUCAAAAGUCUUGUUUCGUGGAAAUUGCUUGAUAUCAUAGAGGUAUCAGGUGGAACGUAUUCUCAACCAGCUUUCGCAUCACCUGAAACGCUAAAAUCGCCUUCUUCAUCGAGGCAAUCACUGUUUGCACAUUUCACCACUUCAUUAAUACCCUUUCUGUCAUUACCUCCAAACGGCCCAGCUAUAAUCCUAACUGGAGGUCUUCAUGAUCGCUCUUUGAUAGCUUCUUCGCUACUGGACAGAGCAUGUGAUUUGGUCGGAAUGGGAAGACCAGCGUGUCUUGAUCCUCACCUACCAACAAAUAUCAUACUAAACCGGGAUGUCGAUGAAAUGGAAGCUGUCGUAGGAGGAUACGGUAUUCCGGGUUCAGAGCUGAUGAAAACAAUGUUGGGAGCCCCAACCCAAAGCUCCAGUAAAGGAGGAGUCAGAUUGGUAGGAGCAGGAAUCUCAACUACGUGGCAUGAAUGGCAGCUUUGCCGUAUAGGAAGAGGAGUAAAGCCUGACAAAAGUAUGCAUUGGUUGAAGGCGUUGGUAGUCGAAGAAGUAUGGUUUGAAGUGCUGAAAGGUGGUCCGAUGAGUUGGUGGAGGUAUUGGAAAGGAUGA